UGCGCAUGCGCAAUCAAGUGAAAACAGCUGGGAAACAUAACCUUUAAAACGUCAUAUUAUUCGCGAAUUGUUUAGAUUGUUUAAAAAGAUAUUUUUUAAAUCCUAAAACUCGGAUAAUUAAUAGUUUUUAUUUAAUUUAAGUGAGUGCUCACAUUGCACAGAUAAAAUGGCUCCUAUACAACAGGAUUUACGUGAUUCCAGUGGUGAUUCUGGAUCUGACUCAGAAAGUGGAUCAGGCUCAGCAUCGUCGAGUCGAAGUGGUACACCAACAUCACACGCAGCACCCACACCAGGUGGAGCACGAAGUGAACAAUCCGAUGAUGACAAACCACGUUCACCAGCUUCAAAUGCCAGUGGAUCGCCAGCUAGAUCAAAUAAAUCAGGUUCUCGCAAAUCAAGAAGUCCCUCUGCUGAAUCAGGACGUUCUGGAAGUCCCAUUUCUCGAAAAUCUGCUAGAUCUCGCUCUGGAUCCCCUGCUAGAUCCGAGAGUCCAAGAUCUGUUAGAAGUCGAAGAUCCAGAAAAUCUGCUUCACGUUCACCGGGUCAAAAAUCAGGUUCACCGCAAAGUAAUAAAUCAGCUUCGCCGAAAAGCCGAAGAUCCGGAAGUCCAGCUAGCAGAAGAUCUCUCACGAGUAGAAGAUCCGGUAGUCCAGCUAGUAGAAGAUCAGUCAUGAGCAGAAGAUCAGGAAGUCAAACUUCCCAGGCGAGUAGACGAUCUGGAAGUCGAACUUCCAGGGGAAGUAAGAGGUCCGCUUCGCCAUCGAGCAGAAGAUCUGGAAGUCUAACUUCAAGAGGAAGAAAAAGAUCAGGUUCGCCUUCUAGUAGAAGAUCUGGAAGUCGUACCUCUAGAGGAAGAUCAGAAAGUGCAGCGUCACGUGCCAGUCGACGUUCGAGAUCUGGCAGCCGAUCGGGAAGUCAAACUUCACAAACGAGUAGAAGAUCGGGAAGUCAAACUUCCCGAGUGAGUAAACGAUCUGGAAGUCGUGUUUCUCCGGUGAGCAGAAGAUCCGGAAGUCGAGCUAGUAGACUGAGCAGAAGAUCAGGAAGUCGUGCUUCUCGAGUCAGUAGAAGAUCUGGAAGUCGAACUUCUCCGGGAAGCAAGAGAUCUGUUUCUCCAUCGAGCAGAAGAUCCGAAAGUCGAACUUCUCGCGGAAGUAAGAGAUCAGUUUCGCCUUCCAGCAGAAGAUCAGGAAGUCCAGCGAGUCGACGAUCAAGAUCUGGUAGUCAAGUAUCCAGAAGAUCUGGCAGUCAAACCUCUCAAGCGAGUAGAAGAUCUGGGAGUCAAACUUCCAGAACUAGUAGACGUUCCAGUCGUUCUGCUACUCCAAAGAAUCAAAGCGAUAAUGAAUCUGAGAAGUCUUUAAAAAUUGCAGGUGAUCAAGAAAAUAAAUCUGACGACGAUAGCGAUAUCGAGGGUCCGAGAAACAAACGUAAAGAACGUUCAGGUUCUACAUCAGAAACUGAGGUCACGAAAAAGAAACGAGCUUUGAUAGAUUCUGAUUCAGAGCCGGAAAUCACGGAAAAAGAACCGGAACCAACGGCAGACGCUCUUUUUGGAGAUGCUAGCGAUAUUAGUACUGACGACGAGAAAGACAAAGUCGAGGAAGAAAAGCGAAAAAGUAAAAGCAAAAGUCGCAGUCGUAGCCGUAGUAAGAGCCGCAGUAAAAGUCGAAGCCGUAGCCGAAGUCGUAGUCGUAGUCGCAGUAGAAGCAGAAGUAGAAGCAAAGCUCCUUCAGAUGCCGGUGAAGGAACCAGUUCUCAAAAACCUUUAGUUUUUGACGAUGAAGAUAAGGAGAAAGAGGAUGAGGUCGAACCACCUCCAGAAACAAGAAUCGAUGUCGAGAUACCAAAAAUAAGUACCGAUCUCGGUAGAGAGAUUCAUUUUGUAAAACUGCCAAAUUUCUUGUCCGUCGAGACAAGGCCAUUUGAUCAUGAAACUUAUGAAGAUGAAAUCGACGAAGAGGAAACUUUAGACGAGGAGGGUAGAGCGAGAUUAAAAUUGAAAGUCGAAAAUACAAUAAGAUGGAAGGAUUAUAUGAAUGAUGAGGGAAAAAUGGUGAAAGAAAGUAAUGCACGUUUUGUUCGAUGGUCCGAUGGCAGUAUGUCACUUCAUCUUGGCUCGGAAAUUUUUAACGUUUACAAACAACCACUGCAGGGUGAUCACAAUCAUCUUUACAUUCGACAGGGUACUGGUCUUCAAGGACAAGCCGUUUUUCGUACAAAAUUAACAUUCAGACCUCAUUCAACUGAGUCGUUCACUCACAGAAAAAUGACAAUGUCACUUGCUGACAGAUCACAAAAGACAUCUGGUAUUAAAGUACUUUCUCAAGUGGGAAUGAAUCCAGAUCAAAAUAAACACGAAAUGAUAAAGAAAGAGGAAGAGAAGCUAAGAAUGGCAAUGAGAGUUCAGACGAAGAGUAAGAAAACAACAAGUGGUUCCAGAAGUGCAAAUCGUGCUUCUGCAGGAUAUGCGGCUGACUCGUAUCAUGACGAGGGAUCUGAUGAUGAAGGAGCCAUUUCCCUCGCUGCUAUUAAAAAUCAGUAUAAAAAAGGUGGUGGAGCUUCUCAGAAGAUUUCGGCGAAUAUUUAUUCCUCGGAUGAAGAUGGCUCAGACGUGGAGGCAAUGAGACCCAAGAAGAAUGUGAAAAGCAAGGCAAUUCAAGAUUCGGAUGAUUCUGCUUCUGGAUCUGAAAGUGGAUCAGGAAGUAACGACGACGAAGAAGAAGGUGAGGCUGCUGCUGAAAAUGAUGCCAGCGAUUAAAGAUUAUCAGUUUUUUUACAGUAAGAUUUAACCUCAAUUAUAUGUAAAUAGUGAAAUUAUUCCACACGUUAAACUAAGUAUUUUUUUUUUUCUUAAUAAGUAACGUUUCUGACGAAUAAAAUUUACAAAUAAAGUAGUUUAAAAAUUUGACAAUAUUCAUAGAGUGAUUUAUUUCCAAUAGGAGUUACAAUUAUUACUCUCUUUACUUAAUUAUGCGAAUAAUUAUUAAAAUCACAAAAGAGAAAUAUAUAAUAAUCGAGAGUAUGAAUUAUUAAUUGAUAAAAAAAAAUCGGCAUUCUGUACAAUUCAUGCGACUCAUCAAUGCGAAAUUUCGACAGAGUCUAAACCAAAACAUCAUUUUUAUUUGCACUAUUUCAUCUAUUGCACACAGUGUUCUUUUUUUCUCGGUGCAAUUUCUAAAAAACAAAAUACAAAAAAGCUCUGCGUUGUGCUUUAUAAAAUGAAUUUCAUUUAUAUGUGACAUAAUUAUUAUUAUUAUUAGCUUAUUGGAGAGUAAACACUAAAGUUUACAUAAAUUAUAUACAAAAGUUGCAACAAAAUGUUGUUUUAUUAACAAAGUCGUAAAUAGCGUAGUCUUAUUUUUAACUCCCCCACGUGAAAAAAAAUACAGGAAAGACCCAGAUUCAAUUUCAAUGUGCGUUUACGUGAUUGUGAAAAAAAACCUCUUCUUUCAGCAUUUUCGUUUGCUGAAAUAGAUUUAUAUAUUAUAUACAAAAAGAAUUCUCUCUUAGGAGCCUCGCAAAACUUACAAAUAAACUAAAUUCGAAACUAUACAAUUGACAGGCUUAAUAAAUAAUUCAUUUCACAGGCAGCACACGAUUAAUCGCAAUUUGUGCUAGCACACCUGAUAAAUAAAUAAAUAUACAGCGAAAGAGAACCACUCGCAGUACCAAGAAUGAAUUUCUAGCGUUUACAUAAUUUGACGAUAAUAAACAAUUUGUUCAAAUUUUUUUUUUUUUU